AUGGGGAUGGAAUAUGGAAAUGUGCCCCAAGCUGGAAUGUUAGCAGGAAUUGGCCGUGUGCACGGACUGGAAUGUCUAAUCAUGGCAAAUGAAGCAACUGUGAAAGGAGGCAGUAUUUAUCCAAUUGGAGUCAAAAAGCAAUUAAGAAUACAAGAAAUUGGCCUGCAAAACAGGUUGCCUUGUAUUUACCUUGUGGAUAGCGGUGGGGCUUUUCUUCCUUUACAGUCUGAAAUUUUUCCUGACAAGAACCAUGGCGGAAGAACUUUUUACAAUAUUGCUGAGAUGUCUUCACAAAACAUUCCACAGAUUACAGUUGUAUUGGGCCAUUGUACUGCUGGGGCUGCCUAUAUCCCAACUAUGUCUCAUGAAGUGGUUAUUGUCCAGAGAAUUGGAGCCAUCUUUUUGGGAGGCCCACCUCUAGUGAAGGCGGCAUUGGGAGAAACAGUGUCCACUGAAGAUCUAGGAGGAGCUACUAUGCAUUCUAGUGUCAGUGGCUGUAGUGAUCAUUAUGCUUCUACAGAGCCUGAGGCAUUCACUAUGGUCAGAGACAUUGUGGCCAGCCUCAAUCUGUUGCCUAAGUCAACACCAGAACAUGGAGAUGAGCCUCUAUAUGAUCCAUUAGAGUUACUUGGUAUAAUCCCAGACAAGAAUCAACAUACCAUGGAUCCAUAUAAGAUAAUUGCAAGAAUUACUGAUGGAAGUAGAUUUGGAGAAUUUAAGAAAAAUUAUGGUCCAAAUCUUGUGACAGGUUUUGCACAUAUAAAUGGUCAUUUGGUUGGCAUUCUGACUAAUAAGGGUGUAAUUGGAUACAAUGCAGCUACCAAAGGCUCACAGUUUGUACAGUUAUGCAAUCAGCGUGGAAUUUCACUUGUAUUUUUGCAAAACACAGUCCCUGAUUCCCUCCAAGAAAUACCAACUACCGACUAUGAAUUGUACAUGUCCAAUCACUUGAAAUCCCAUGGCCAGAUGAUAGCAGCUAUUAGUUGUGCAAAUGUUCCUAAAAUAACAAUCAUUGUGGGCAAUGCCUUUGGAAUGGACCACUACUUAAUGUGCGGUCGAGCGAUGAGUCCUAAUUUCAUGUUCAGCUGGCCCAAUGCCAAAAUUGGUUUGAUGGAAUCAGACACCCUAUUGCACAAUAUCACACAGGAAAUGAAUUUGACUGAAGAACAAACAGGCAAGAUGAGAGAAAAAUUGUCGCGUGAAGUCACUGCUAUCUUUGCUUCUUCCAGAAUUUGGAAUGAUGGGAUCAUCUUGCCACAUCAGACACGACAAGUGUUAACAAGAUGCUUAGAAAUUUGUCCAACUUCUUCUGAGUCAAGAACCAAUCCUUUCUUGAGAAUGUGA